UAUACAUGUAAUUUUUUUUUUUGUUUUUUCCUUUUUUUUUUUUUUUUUUCUUUUUCGUUUUUUUUCUAUUUUUUUUUUUUUUACAAAUACAUAAAAAAUCCAAUUUAAUAACUAACACCCAACACAAAAAAAAAAAAAAUUAUACUAAUAAUGCCAACCACCACCAAAAGUAACAUUACAGCCAAAUCCUGUUCAGAAAUGACCAUGAAGAGUCAAGCGAAUACAAAGCGACGUUCUUUAGGUUCGAAUUCAAUCAAAUCACAUCCAGCCAUGAAAACUCCUCUUAUUUGGAGAUCGCCUGGUCAUUGUGAAAUUCCAAAUAUUUUAGGUAAUGCCUAUUUAGAACCCUCCAUAACCAUUCAAACAAAUCAUCAUAAAGAAUCUGGACCAAAAAGACCUCCUUGGGUUCCUGCUGGUUCCAACUGGACUCCGUCUCCAUUACCACCCGUCGUCAGAACCGAUGAAUGUGCAUUCGAAAAGAGGCUGAAAAGAACCUUACCAAAGAUUAAUCUUGUCUCUAUGCCCAAAUCUCGCUAUCUGGGCUUCAAGGAGAUUGGCACAGGCGUGAAUGGCGCUGUCGUACAGGUACAAGUCAAAAGCUCCAAACAUACAAAAUUGGCUUUGAAACGAUGCAAAUUAGAAUCCGACCGAGAAUAUCGUACAGCCAUCGUGCGCGAGUUACGUAUCAUGUCCACAGGUCAUUUCAAUCUAAUUAAGCUAAGAGAGACCUCCGUAUUUAGAAACGAGGUCUGGAUUGCCAUGGAUUUGAUGCGUUGUAGUGUCUUUGCUGUCCUCUGUGCUAGAGGUUUGCCCGAAGAUUGCGCCAUCUACAUUGCUCGUCAGACCUUGAAUGGAUUGGUCUUUUUGCACUCCAAGGGAUUCAUUCAUCGUGAUAUCAAGUGCGAGAAUUUGUUAAUUGGACAUCAUGGAGAAAUUAAAUUAGCCGAUUUUGGAUUAGCCACAAGCACACGGCAUGUAAAUCGUGAGAGAUUAGGCACGGGCAAGUGGAUGGCUCCCGAAGUGAUCAGGGAGGCAUGCUAUGAUGAAAAGGUGGAUUUAUGGUCUUUGGGUAUUACUUUAAUUGAAAUGAUGGAUCGUGUACCCCCUCAUUAUAAUAUCAAAAGCGAGGAAAAGGUGUUUGAGAAGAUCUUGCAGGAUCCUAGUCCUACUUUUACCUUUUCCUAUCCAACCAUUUAUUGCACUGGUCUGGUUGCUUGGUUACUGGAAGAUGAUCCUUCCAAUCGUCCCACGGCCAAAGAUGUUGUAACCGAACUGGAUUUGCAUUUGGAGCAAGGUUUAUUAAAAACCACAACAGCUCAAGACUUGACUAAUUUUAUAUCCAAAACUUUAAACCCCAAUACCUCCAACUAAUAACUUUUUUUUUCAAAAUUUGCUCCUUUCAAAUUUAUAUAUAUAUAAAUAAUAAAAACCUAAAGUCUCCUUAAU